AUGUUCAUUGCAGAACUUGGAGUGUGUCUAAACUGCACAGGACCUUGUGGGAACCGUGGCCUCGACAUCCGAUUUCCAUUCUUGCAGCCAGACCAGUACUGUGGCUAUCCUGGGUUUGAUCUAUCUUGCAAUGAGAGGGAUGAUAUAGUUCAACAAAAAUGGCUAUAUGCUUGUUCUUUUUCAUGUUCAUUAAUUGCAGAACUUGGAGGAAGUCUAAAUUCCACAGGAUCUUGUGGGAACCAUGGCCUCGACAUCCGAUUUCCAUUCUGGAUCAAGGAUAGGCAGCCAGAACAGUGUGGCUAUCCUGGUUUUGAUCUGUCUUGUAAUGAGAUGGGCGACAUAGUGCUUGAGCUGCCAGAUGCAGUGAAACUCUACAUAGCAAAGAUCGACUACAAAAGUCAAGUUAUUCAUGCAACAGAUCCCCAAGGUUGCCUUCGAAGCCACCACUCAAACUUCUAUUCGUCCGGGUUUCACAUACAGUUUAAGAUGUCCAAGGACAAUUUUACCAUCUUCAAUUGCUCUUUAAAUAAUGCAAUAUCUCGGCCUAGGAUCGCUUGUCUCAGCACUCACCAAUAUGACGUUCUUGCCGUUGAUUCGGAACAAUCUAUUGAUGACAAUGAGUUAUUAUUAUCUUGUACCAAGAUGUACGACCUACCUUAUCAACGUGAUAUCCGCCUGUCUUGGUCCAAUCCCAAUGGUGUAAAUUGUGAAGAAACUGGAAAACAAUGUGGAUUGAGGAUAAAUAGCAGCUCUGAGCUUGAAACUGAAUGCUAUGGCUUGCCCAGGCCAAAAAAAGGUGUAACCACAGGAUCCAUCCUUUUCGGGGUUGUGGUCAUUGCAGUCUACCAAAUCUAUAACUUUAGAAAAUCAGAAGAAGAAUAUCAGGCAAAGGUUGAAAGGUUUUUGGAUGAUUACAGAGCUAUGAACCCCACAAGAUACUCCCAUGCUGAUCUCAAAAAGAUGACAAAUCAAUUCAGGGAUGAAUUGGGGCAAGGAGCUUAUGGAACUGUGUUCAAAGGAAAGCUAACCAGUGAGAUUCCGGUGGCUGUUAAGGUUCUAACCAAUUCAUCAGAAAAAGGAGAGGAAUUCGUCAACGAGAUGGGAACAAUGGCUAGGAUUCACCAUGUCAAUGUAGUCCGCUUGAUUGGCUUCUGUGCUGAUGGAUUUAGACGAGCUCUGGUUUACGAGUACUUGCCACAAGAUUCGCUGCAGAGGUUCAUAUCUUCAGCAAACGCCAAGAAUGUUUUCCUUGGCUGGGAAAGGCUGCAUCAUAUUGCCCUCGGAGUAGCCAAAGGGAUUGAAUAUCUUCACCAGGGUUGUGACCAAACAAUCCUCCACUUUGAUAUCAAACCACAUAAUAUCCUGCUGGACAAUGACUUCAAUCCUAAGAUUGCAGAUUUCGGUCUGGCUAAGCUGUGUUCCAAGUAUAAAAGUGCUAUUUCCAUGACAACAGCUAGGGGAACGGUCGGCUACAUAGCACCUGAAGUGUUCUCAAGAAACUUUGGGAAUGUCUCCUACAAGUCAGACGUGUACUGUUUUGGAAUGUUAGUGUUAGAAAUGGUUGGUGGAAGGAAAAAUGUUGACGAUACAGCAGAAAACGGUGAUCAAGUAUACUUCCCAGAAUGGAUUUAUAAUCUCUUAGAAGAAGGAGAAGACCUGCGGUUCCAAAUCGAGGAAGAAGGGGAUGCUGAAAUAGCGAAGAAGCUAGCCAUUGUGGGACUGUGGUGCAUCCAGUGGAACCCAGUGGACCGUCCUUCCAUGAAAAUUGUUGUCCAGAUGCUGGAAGGUGAAGGAGACAACUUGACAAAACCUCCUAAUCCUUUACGCUCCUCAGCUCCAAAGAGAAAGACUGCAAGUAUAGCAGGGCGACGUCUACAUCAAGAAUUGGCAGCCAUCUCAGAAACAGAGUAAUCAUGUAUUUUGAGGUCGUCAUUGCAUUCAAGGAUGUGAUCUAUGAGCUGCUUGCAGUGGAUUCCGAGUAAUUCGUGGCUUUUUAAGGGCUCUUAAGCUCUUAUAGAACAACAUUAGUAUUUUGAGAUAGUCUCUCAAAUUCUACACUUUGUAAACAAUUGUCUAUGAUUGCAAAAUCUGAGGAUUGAGCUUGCUCAAACCUUUGACUACAAAAAAAAUAUAUAUAUAUACCAAUAAUUAAGGAGUGGAUACAGUGAAAGUUGUUAGUAAUUUUAUUUAAUUUUGGAGGCAUUUUAUUAUGUGUAUCUGUUCGUUAAUCACUAGUUGUCAAUAAGUGUCGUGUGAGAUGUCAUUACUUUUAGCUUGCUAUGAAAAAAAAAAAUAGGAAAUAAUAACGAAUUUGGAUAGAAAUUAUUGAAUCAAGAUAUAUUUGGAAUAUUAGGGACUCAAUUGUUAAAAUUUACAUUUUGUGACAAAAUAAGCAUUUAGUAAUACUUCAGGGGUUAAUUUGAGGUUUCCCUAGAAUUAAUCAGCACCUGGCUUUUCAGGGGACUUGAAUAACUUGUCGUCUUCCUCAAUGCAAACCGUCGUCCAUAUUGUAUACUACAUGUCGUCGGAGAUUGCGAAUUCUCUUUUCAGACAUUCUGUGCUGAUCAGUCAGUGAAAAACAACAAAACAAGUCCCACUCUCUCUCUCUGAACUUUCUCUCUCUAGCAAGCCAUGACUGCAGCCAACAAAAACCACCACCCCUCCUCCUCUAAACCACCCAAGAACCACCACUCGACCCCCAAAGCAACCACCCCGCAAACUAACACCACUCAAAACUCUAACCCCACUACUAACCCUAACCCCGCAGCUAAUCCAUCACCAUUAUCUCCCUCCCUCAAAGACCAGGUUUUGUCACGCGCCACCCACAUUACGCGCCAAGAACUACUCAAAAGAAGAUCCCACAAGCUGAAACAGCUCUCAAAAUGCUUCAAAGAUUAUUACUGGGCAUUAAUGGAAGAACUCAAAGUUCUGUACAGAGAGUACUAUUGGAAGUAUGGUGUUAGCCCAUUCAAAGAAGACCACCACAACACCCUUCAAAAAGUAGAGCAGCAUAAGCAGGGUGGUGGGUUUGGUGUCUUAGAGAGAGAGAAUGGGGAGGGGGAGGCUAAUAUUGAAGUUAUUGGUGAAAAUAAUAAUAAUUUUAGUGAUUUGAAGAGCAAUCAUAGGUGUUUGUUUGUUGGGUGUAAGCUAAAGGCUAUGGCUUUGACAAGUUUUUGUCAUCUUCAUAUACUUUCUGAUGCAAAGCAGAAGCUUUACAAGCCUUGUGGUUAUGUUAUCAAAAGUGCUCAGGCAGGACCAAUAACAUGUGGAAAGCCAAUACUGAGAUCAACUGCUCCUGCACUCUGCACUGUCCACUUCCAAAAGGCUCAGAAACAUGUGACUCAGGCUCUGAGGAAAGCAGGCCUUAAUGUCUCCUCAUCAAGUAAGCUUGCUCCUAAGUUCCACGUCAUCGUGACAGAAUAUGUGCGUCAAAUUCAAGCCAAACGGAAGGCUGCAAAAUGAGGAAAUCAGAAUAAAGUCAUGGAUAACGAAGUGACUGCUAGCUGAGCUGUUUGUCCAUUGCAAAGAUGACUUGUGAAGCAUGAGUGACAGUGUACAUUGUUAGAAUAACCCAUGAUAUGCUUUUUCCGGAUGUUUAUCUUCCGGCGGCAGCACUAGGUGUUCGACGUUCCAGUUACUCUGGUAAACACAAAUGUGUACUGAUGCUAGACGAUUGUAACAACUCUGAUGCGCGGAACCUUUAUUUUAUUUAUAAAAGCUUGUAUAGCCAUUCAACUUGAAUUGGUGAAUGAUGGGACAGUAUGUGCCUGUAUAUGAUCAUGAACCUGUGCCCCUUUUGUUUUUCUUCAACGAUGAAGAUUGUAUGGCAGAAUUGGGCAUUUUAAGGUCAGCCAGUGGGCUGAAUGCUUCUUCUUUUAUAGUGUGAUUGUAAAACAUUGGUCUGUGUCUGUAAAGCAUGACCAUGCAUUUUAAAUUCAGCUGUUGAAACUAGUCUAAAUAAUGCGAGGAAGACCAAUGUUGGGCUUUGGAGAGUGUCCGGUGGGACCCAAA